UCUGUUUUGUUCCCGACAAGCAUGAUGAUGACAUCACUUCCUCUCUCCGUUCUAACGUCGUCAAUCCACUUUGAGGUUUGUUGGAAGGAGUUGAGAUCUGCAAAUGAAAGAAAAUGGCAGAAAUCAGUGCCCAAACACAAAGCAGCAGCGGCUAACAAAGGUGUGCACAAGGCUUUGUUGAUGCCCAAUCAUCUAGCAAAGGGCCCGCAGUGAGCAUUUGGUGGAGGUGGCGAGGUAAGGAGGUUGCCACACAUGCACCAGUUGUCGUAGUACUUCUUCUACUUCAGUACAACUACUUUACUUUAGUACUUUACUAAUGAUAAUAGUGAGGGCAAAUAUAGCAUUAUAGUAACACAGAUCUUCAACUGGAUAUGAAGGACAUCGAAUAUAUGCUCAAGCGGCUUUUCAUAUACUGUAACACUAAAGUGAUGUGACUGAUGUGAACUGACUAGCUCACACGCUGAGCUGGCAAUAUGGGUGGAGCCACUAAAAUAGACGAUCAAACACGUCGCCAAAUUCUUUCGGUUCUUCCAUAGUUUUGUGUUUCAAGCCUCGGUCCUGAAGACUCAAUGUAUAAUUACCCAAGAAUUGUAUGUCUUUUCAUCGACUACAGUGUAUACCGCACAGCGGCAUUAAAUAGGAGUGGAAGGCCGGCCGGCCGGCCGGCUGGACCCGACAUCCACUGGCCGACGUGGCUCGGCAAGGUCCAACUGUACAAGAUAACAGCUCAUUUUGUCGCCACAAAAAAAAAAAAAAAUUAAAAAAAAAAAAAAUCACACUAUUCUGAUUUAAUAGCACGUUGUCAAGCAACGCGAAUUCGAGCUUAAAAUGUUCGUUCGCCUGUAUAGCAAAAACUAUACGGCGACUAGCUAGUGUGGACUUUCAUUGACGUCAAGGUGGACACGAAUCUCACACCACAUCGUAACGAAGGCUUUGUGUCCUCGUUUCGAAUUUUGAGGAAAGAGACUGGGCAGGGCCUAAGGCAGAGGAAGUGAUCUGCUAUUUCACACACCGCUGCUGAAGUUCAGCUCCUCGCAAGAAUUCUCCCGACUACGGUCUCGGUCAUCUGGAAUGUGAAGUCACCUCCUCCCGUCUACGCGGCGUUCCAAAGGGGUCGUCUCUUCCUGUCUUCAGAACCCCUCCAACCCCUCUCGCCAGCCGUCACGCUCGAGCCACCGCUGGAUGCCACGCCAGUGUGGACGGGGACGCUUUUGACGCACGCCGGCAUGAAAGUGAAAUCCCAGGAGGGAGCCUCAUCUGACCAGACUGCCUCUGAAAGCAAUCUGGCUCCAGAAAAGAAGAGUACAGUCAUCAGUUGAACAUUUUGGCGGUUGCUCCUAUUCCCUUAUAUGGCAUCGGAGCUGGGAAAUCAUUUGAAUUAAUCUGGAUUCUGGUUGCUUGCCUCCCUGUCUGCUUUUGCUGCUGACCGAGUCGCCUCCGGUGCAGUUCUUCUGCUCCUGCUCUUUACUUUGGAGUAUAUGUGGGCACAGUGGCUGUGUCUGUGUGUGUGUGUGUGUGUGACACCUGGUUUGUUUGUUUUGCCAUUUCUUUCCCAGUUUGCAUGUGGAUUUUGUGUUUUGGGACGACAAGAAGAGGACUUGUGUUUGUGGUUGGGCUAAAAAGUUGGCUGCUCCUGCUGUUUUUCCUCCUCCUCGCGCCUGGAAUAGGCAAACGCACACACACCUGGCAGCCAAGACGUGGAACAGGGUCGGUGUACGACGACGACUGGAGCUCCUUCCGACCAUCCAUCCUUGGUUGGAUCCCCCCCCCCCCCCCACAACCCCCACCCACCCCAUUACCCAUGCAACUGAGGUUGGCGAGCACAAGCAGGGACCCGGGAACUAUUUCGUAUAAAUUGGAUUGACCUGGAUCACAGGAGAAGACGCAUGAUAUCCAGGUGAUACCCUUUGAAGGGUGUGUUCCUGCUGAUACCCAUGUGGAUUACCUCCAUUAGACUGUCUCCUAGCAGUGGUUGUCAUGGCGACAGCUUCAUGGUAUCACCGUGACAUCAGCCGCGUGCACGCAGAGGACUUGCUGGCACGGGCCGGUCGGGACGGAAGCUUCCUAGUCAGAGACAGUGAAUCUGUGCCAGAAGCUUAUGCUCUGUGCCUGCUGUUUCAAUGCCACGUUCAUACGUAUCGCAUCCUUCCUGAUGCAGAUGGUCUCCUGGCAGUCCAGACCACUCAGGGAGUCCAGGUCAACUGUUUCCGGACUCUGGAGGACCUCGUUAUCGGGUACCAGCAGCCGCACAAAGGCUUGGUUACCCCUUUGGUUUACCCGGUGCCCCGUGACGCCGACACCGGGGAUGAGAGCUCAGAUGAUGAGAGGAUACCCCAAAGUCAACACGCCCCUGUCAACACGGUCACCUUCACAACACCGCUAGCAAAACCAGACCUGCACGCCUUAUUCCUGGAUAAGUUGCAGGAACUCAACACAUCCACUACCGCAAGCGAUGUGAUCGGACUACUCAACGACUAUCUCUUCAGAGAGCUCCCGCUGGACAUAGAGAAUGUUCAUAAAGGGGCGACGACACUCUGCCACCUCAAGCGGACUUUGGGUGCUGCCUGCCGAGGCCUGAACAGUGAGAUCGACUUGACUCUCUCGAGUCUGGAAACGCUGGCCAAGGUUUUUGACCACCCCAGCUGCUCCUUGUCUCACGCAAAUUCCCAGGGUCCAGAGAUGGAGAUGGAUGCGCUGCUGUGUAAGAUUUCUGCAUUGGUCAGCCUCCUUUCUACUCUGGAGAAAAAGGUACUCAAGGCUCUCCAAGACGCAGUAACCAAUCACAAUCUGGCCGCGCAGCCGAACCCGCCUCCCCCGGAACCGACGCCCGUCGUUACGAAUUCUGCCAAGUUCCACGGACGUAGUCACCAGCCAGUCCACUCCUUCCAGGUCAAGAUGCUGCGCUACGGCAGGCAGACCGUCUCCGUGGAUCUGGAUGCAGGCGUGCUACUCUUUGACAGGAAGGCCAACUCCUUCGAUGCAGAGCGGGUCUCGCAUGACAGAGUCCUUCAGGUUGUGAAGUACCACAGUAGUCCCACCAAGGUGCGCGUGGUGAUCGACAGCCACAACAAUGCACCACGGGAGAUGAUAUUUGAGAGUACAAGGAAGGGCAAUGCCUUCUGCCAACUCCUCCAGCUGAUGAAAACAAGGCACUCAAAGAUGAGCGAACCUGACGUCAUCUCUGUUUUUGUCGGCACCUGGAAUAUGGGCAGUUCCCCUCCGCCCCGCAACCUGCAGUCGUGGGUAACCUGCUGCGGUCUGGGUCACACCCCCGACGAGUCCACGGCGAGUCUGCCUCACGACAUCUAUGCCUUGGGCACGCAGGAAAACCCACAGGGGGAGAGGGAGUGGGUGGAGCAUAUUAAAGCAACCCUUCGGAGCCACACCCAGAUCGAUUUCAAACAAGUGGCAGUGCAGUCCCUCUGGAACAUGCGCCUGGCUGUGUUUGUGAAGCCGGAGCACGAGAGCCGCAUCGGCCACGUGAGCGCUGCCAGCGUGAAGACGGGCCUGGGCAACACUUUGGGGAACAAGGGAGCGGUCGGUGUGUCCUUCCACUUUGGUGGAACAUCUUUUGGAUUUGUCAAUUGCCACCUGACCUCCGGAAGUGAGAAAGUUCUGAGGAGGAAUCAAAAUUUUGUGGACAUCCUCAGGCUCCUUUCGUUAGGUGACAAGCAACUCGGCGCCUUUGACAUCAGCCUGCGUUUUACUCACCUGUUCUGGUGCGGUGAUCUCAACUACAGACUGGACCUGGAUGUGCAGGAGAUUCUGAAGCACGUAUCUAAAAGGCAGUUUGAGGAGCUCACGUGUGCGGACCAGCUGACUCGAGAGAGGCACAAGAGGAAAGGCUUUCUCUAUUUUAAGGAAGAGAAGAUUGCAUUUCCGCCCACCUAUCGUUACGAAAGAGGCUCAAGAGACUGCUACCUGUGGCAAAAGUACAAGACCUCAGGGGUGCGAGUCAAUGUUCCGUCAUGGUGUGACAGAAUUUUGUGGAAGUCGUACCCUGAGACGCACGUAAUGUGCACAGCAUACGGAUGCACAGAUGACAUUUUCACUAGUGACCACUCACCUGUUUUCGCCACCUUCCAAGUGGGCGUGACGUCGCAUUUCAGCUCCAAAGCAGAUCCCGGUUCGGGUGUGGAGAAGGCCUGGGUUGAGCUGGAAGGCAUCGAGGCCAUCGUGAAGACGGCGAGCAAAGAAAAGUUCUUCAUUGACUUUUCUUCGACUUGCCUCCAAGAGACACGGCGUUCAAGUGACAACGACUCUCAAAGCUGUGAUGUCCCGGGCUUUCUGAAACUGGCCUGGUCGUUCCAACAGCUACCAAAGCUGCUUCCGCACAGGUCCGACAUGGCCUACCUCCAGGAUCAGCACCUGCUGCUGUCCGUCAAGUCGUGCGACGGAUUUGAGUCGUACGGUGAGUGCUGCGUGGCUCUCCGCUCCCUUUUCGGUGCAUCGGAGCAGUUCGAGACCUUCCUGAGCCACCACGGUGAGGAAAUCGGCUCCAUCAGAGGACGGGUCCGCAUUCACGUACCCAAGGAUAGACGAGGAACCUGCGAAAAGACCUACGAGUGUUUCCGUUUCGACAAAGACGACAGGCAGGGGCACGUGUCUCCUGCAUCCACGCGAGUCCAAAUAAACAGGCCUUUGGCAGCUACUCCCAAGCCAACCGCGAGCAGUUACACCAAUCCGGCCUACUUCAUCUUCGAGGGCGUGUCGGUGGUCCGGGGCAUCGAGGAGGCCCUCCCUCAGCCGAGGGACCCGCAGGUGAUCUGGGCCGGGAACGAGGCUCUGCAGCUGCCCAAAAUCUCCGGGAGGCACGUCUUCAACACGAACCCCUUUCGUCGGUCAGACUUCACCGAGAUUGAAAUUCCUACCGUCCUUCCCCAAUACGCCGCGCCCUGUCAACUUCAGACGCACCAACCCAACUCCUCCUAUGAGCUUUUCCCAGCCAAAAAGCCGUCUCCCAUAUCUCCGCCCUCGAGUAAAAGCAUUUCCCAGUGUCCGGAGCACUUGGCAAAGCCCAAAUACCAUGCCAAAAACUUUUGCCAGGACUCCAUAUUACCAGAGAAGAACCUAAGGAACCUGUACAUUAAUCAAUCCACAAUCACGCGGCAAAAAGCCAGAAGGGAUCUCCCGGAGAGGACCGAUACCAUCAGGAAAACAAAAGCCCCACCAGUUUUCCAAUUGACCCCCUUUCCCGCCCCCCUGGGACACUGCCGGCCUGCUCCCUGGGUGGUGGAGCCGCAGCAGCACCAGCAGCAGCCCCCCGGCCCCACAGGGGACAACUCCCUCACCGCUCUGCAGAUCGCCAAGUCGCUCAGUGAGGUGGACUUCUUCCCCUCCAAGCUGGGUGCCCCAUCCUAUCUGAGCCAGAGGCCAGCCUACAGGAACGGGCCUCUUUUGCACACCGAGCGGCACCACAUUUGGGAGAAUGAGGCGUCCGUGCUGCAAGGUGCUCCGGAGACGGUCCGUGAGCUCCUCAGUGCUUUGGGCCUUCAGAAAUACUCUCUGGGGCUGAGCCUCAACGGCUGGGAUGAUCUGGAUUACUUCAGCGGCAUUACGGAAGAUGAUUUGCGCGCCGCGGGAGUGACAAACUCUUCCCACCGACGCAGGAUCUUGGAGAACCUACCCAGGAACUGGAACUGAUAUAACUCCAUUUAAAAAAACAAAAAAAAAAACAAAAACAAAACAAACAAACAAAAAAAAAUGUCAUUGUUUUGGGAGAAGAUGGCAUCUGUACAUAGUUUUCUUUCCAGCAUUUCACUCGUGACAAUUCUUCAACUUUUCAGGGAUUCUGUCUUGACUUGAUGUCAGUGCCUCCAUCCAAAUAUUGUUUGAGGUACAGGAAGUACAUUUUCAUGUACAGCACUCUGCCAUUUGCAAUUUAUGGAUUAAAUUCUCGAGAUUUCCGGAGACUGCUGCUCUAUAUCAAAGGAUGAAGCUUUUCUUCCAUCACUCGACUAGUUUGUUUUUUAUUUUUGAGUGACCAACUCAGAAAAUUUACCACUUUUUUUUUUUUUCCAACUCAAAACAGGACACCUUGUAUCUCAAUCGGUUUGGUAAAAAUAUAUUCCAAGAAUCAAAGAAGAAAAAAGUCUAAUCUUACUCAUUUUACCAUUGUUUUUUUUGGUUUUUUGUUUUUUUCCAGAUUGUUUUUCUUUAGGCGGCACAGUGGAUCAGAUGUCGAGUGUUGGCCUCAUAAUUCUGAGGUUCAGGGUUGUGUGAAGUUUGCAUGUUCUCCCCGUGCCUGUUUGGCUUUUCUCCGGGUACUCCGGUUUCCUCCCACAUCCCAAAAACAUGCAACAUUAAUUGGAGACUCAAAUUUGCCCGUUGGUGUGAUUGUGACUGCGGCUAUUUGUCUCUAUGUGCCCUGCGAACGGCUGGCAACCGGUUCAGGGUGUACCCCGCCUCCUACCCGUUGAUAGCUGGGAUAGGCUCCGGCACUCCCGCGACCCUUGUGAGGAUGAGCGACUCAGAAAAUAGAUCGAUGGAUAUUUUUCUUUAGCUUUGAGAGUCUGUGAAUACUGACAAGGAUGUCUUGGGAUAAGAAGACGGAGGGAAAUGCUCACAGUGGCAUGGAUGACAAAAAAACAACAAUUGAGACUUAUAACGGGUUAUGGAUGGCACAAUAUGGCAGAAAAUCAUUACCGAUACCCAAAUGAAGCAGCAGCUCAGAUCAUUUCAAUGUAAUUGGUGAAGAAGCCACAAGAUGGCAGGAAAUCGCUACUUUUGUCAAAAGAAACCUCCUCAACUCACUUCAACAUCUGUCCUUGGCGUGAAGAUGCCCCAAGAUAGUACCAAAGCAGUCCCUGUAUUGCAUUACUUGUACAUACUGUUAAAUUGCAAAGUCCCGCGAGUUGAAUUGUGAAUACACGGCAAAUAUUGUUAUUUAAUUUUAGUCAUUUCCCAUGAGUAAAAUUGGGUGUGAAUUCCUAGCUAAUUGUAAAGUUGAAUGGAUGGUUGGAGUUCCAAGGAACCUCUGUAUUCAUUUCACACAGUAAAACAAAUGUGAACAUGCCCGCUGUUCAAAAUAAUAUUGUUUCUUGUGUCCCGAUCUCAUCCAUUUUGUCUUCAUUAUCUGCAGGCAAGCGUUUACGUUUCACUUCGGCGACAAUAGAGGCCGGAUCUGAGCUUGUAAACGCCCACAAGUAAACCUUAUCGUGGUAUUAAAUCCAUCCAGUGCGUAUGGAGUACAUUUGAUUGAGCUCCGUUUAUUGUCUCGUAUUCCUUUCCAUCGUGUCUCCUCAUGAGCGCUUGUGUCCACUCUUUUGAUAGUUCGAGCAAAGUGCGUUGGAUGACCUUUCCCAGUCCCAUUUGUUUGUCUUGCAGUUACCGGGGCAGAAGAAACAUUUUCUUCUGUUUGAGCGAGCUAAGCACACAAUCGCACCGCAGCAGGCGACGACUCCACGACUCACUCUGAUGGAUUUCUCUUUGUCUUGAUUGUAAUUAUGUUUGUCCGCCUGCAAAAACAAGACCUCGCGAUGGUUUUUGCCACAGCGCCUCUUGACAUAUCCCUGGCGGGACAUCGACCGUGUGCAUUUUGCUGCCGUGGUUACUGAUUAAGGCGCAGCCAAACAAAUCUCGUCUGUUUACUGACUUCUCGCUUCCUCGUUCGAUGAUGU